GCUGGUAUUUCCGGGAUCGUAUUUCCGGUGUCGGCUUGUGCUGAGCUCAUCUCUGUGGAAACAUGGUUCUACUGGAAAGCGAGCAGUUUCUCACUGAAUUGACGCGAUUGUUCCAGAAGUGUAGAACAACGGGAAGCGUUUAUAUCACUUUGAAGAAGUAUGAUGGUCGAACAAAACCCGUUCCUCGGAAGGGACACACUGAGACCUUUGAGCCAGCGGAUAAUAAAUGUCUUUUGAGGGCUACUGAUGGAAAGAGAAAAAUCAGUACAGUGGUUAGUUCAAAAGAAGUUAACAAGUUCCAAAUGGCAUAUUCCAACCUUCUUCGUGCAAACAUGGAUGGACUUAAGAAGAAAGACAAGAAAAGCAAAAAUAAGAAAAGCAGUGCAGCACAAUGAUGGACUGAGACCCUCUCCUCCUCCCUUCAUCAUGACUUUGCUGCCACUUCGAAGGCCAACAGUUCAGACAGAGACCACAGCCAUUCCCCUUUAUGCCACGUCGGAAGUAAAGAUCCAGGUCUCACGGCAUCUCGUUGGAUGGCAAUGAUUUGUUAAACUUGCAUACAUUGGACUUUACUUGUGUUUUUUAUUUUAUUUUUUUAAUUUUAUUUUGCAAAUUUACUGCAGUUUCACUUAAUUCAAGACAUGUAUGUAUCUUUCAUUAAAAGUACACUAAAUUCCA